GUUUGGACCAUCGCGGCUGCUGUAGCUGCAGGAGGAGGAGAGCAUGACUGGUCCUUCGACGUGGAAUAUUUCCGCAAAGCGAUGAUGGAGGUGUAGCAGCAGAGUGGGAAUCAACACUAUCGCCUUUUCACUCGUAAACCGAGCCGGGAUUUAGCCCUGAAUCCCAGUCGGAUCUGGGUUCACGGGAGUUGACGGACAACAGUCUUUUCAUAGACUGAUCCCUUUCUGUUCCCCCGCGUCCCUCUUUUCAGCUACAAUCAUGAUAAAAGCCAUUUUAAUAUUCAACAACCAUGGGAAACCAAGGCUUUCUAAAUUCUACGAGCAUUAUACUGAAGACACAGAGCAACAGAUCAUCAGAGAAACCUUCCACCUGGUCUCCAAAAGAGAUGAGAAUGUCUGUAAUUUUCUGGAAGGUGGCAUGCUGAUCGGAGGAUCAGACUACAAGCUGAUCUACAGACACUACGCCACAUUGUACUUUGUAUUUUGUGUGGAUUCCUCAGAGAGUGAACUAGGAAUUUUAGACUUAAUCCAGGUAUUUGUGGAAACACUGGACAAAUGCUUUGAGAAUGUCUGUGAGCUCGACUUAAUUUUCCAUGUAGACAAGGUCCACAACAUUCUGGCAGAGAUGGUAAUGGGCGGGAUGGUUCUGGAGACCAACAUGAAUGAAAUCAUCAUGCAGGUGGAUGCUCAGAACAAGAUGGAGAAGUCCGAGGCCGGUAUUGCAGGAGCCCCUGCUCGUGCUGUAUCAGCUGUAAAGAACAUGAACCUCCCGGAAAUGCCCAGAAACAUCAACAUUGGUGACAUCAGCAUAAAAGUGCCAAAUUUACCCUCCUUCAAAUAGUGGCAGUGAUAUACUUGAGCCUGCAGAUGUUAGCUAAUGUUCACCGUGAUGCAAUCUGUUUACCAAAACCUCAAAUUACUGAAGUAUAUCAAAACUAUACAUCUUGAAGGUUCUGUUUGAGUUGACACUUCUGGUUCUGGUGUUCUUUCUUUGUUUUUCCUAAUAAAGAAAAUGAUGUUUUACAUGUUUGUUUUCUGUUGGAAGGAAAAAUGAAGUAUUUAUUUAUCAGUGGUACAUUCCUUCCUUCGCUGGAGGUCGGCCCUUGACAUUCAGCCGCUAUGGUACAGAUCUGUGUCCGGUUAGAACUGAAAUAAUUUCACUUACUCAGGCAUUUACUUGAAAGAGAAAGUGUUGACAGGUAGUCAGGUUUUAUUUGUUAAGUUAUUCCAGGCUAGAGAGGUCAGUCACUGAAGGAAAGUAAAUGGAAUCAUUUCAAAUAUCAAAUUGGAGCAGAUAUGAUACAGUAUUUAAAGUUAUAUCUUGGUUGUAAAAUCUGUGCAAACAAUACAAAUAUUAUUCUCUUGCAGAUAUGUUGUCUGAGAGAAAUAAUGAUAUAAAUGCUGAAAUUAGUUUUUCUUUUUUGUAUGCAAAAUUCUUUUUUUAAUGAUUUGUCAUUAAAUACUCUUAAUUUUAAUCUGUGCAUGAUGUCUUUUUCCAGCAUAAUAAAUGUUAAAACUCA